GUCAAAGAAGUUGAUUGGCUCGUUAGCAGCGAUUGGGGCUGGAUGUCCCCGCUUUGGGUGGAAAAAUGUGAUUGUGUAGUCUACAGUACAUCGUUCUUCAACUGUCAGUGUCAGAUAAAAUAUGGGUGUUGUGAAACAAGAAGUGCAUAUUAUUAGCAGGCAAACUAGUAGGCUAGUCAUCCACAAACCAACUGUGUUAAUCCGACUUCAACACUUGGAACUCGUGAGAUUUAUUUAGCGAAUAAUGUACCAACUGCAAGAGCUACGCCUACUAGCAACGCUGUCAACAAGUAAUGAAGGUGGAGUAAGAAUGUUCGGACUUUAAAACUUGGAAUGUCUAAUUAAAUGGUCUACCAAUGGUCUGCCAUUUAAAAUAGUCCAACUUGAAUUCACUGCCGUGAACUGAUUUCGCUUCCGCCGCUGUCAUGGUAGCUGCUUACAUCAAAUGUAUGCGACGGCUGCACCUCGCUAACUCCAGGAAGCAAUAACUAAACCGGAGACUGUACCUAGCCUUUAUAGAGGCUUAAAAGGAUGACAGGAUCAAACGUUAAAGCUCAGUACAGCAGGAAGACCAAGAGAAUACGGCAAGGCCUACAGACCAUCAAAAAGUACAAAUUGAGGUCAGUGGGAAUUGCCACAGCCGACCAAACACCCAGAUGAGCUCUACACAUUCAAUGUGAGGUUUUGACACACUCAACAAUGAAACAGCAGCUACGGGUCCCAGGGAACCUGACAACACUGUCUUCCCAUCAUCUGAGGCUGAGGUGCUCCACCUUCCGGAAGGGCGAAUGCUUGCAAGGCCCCUGGUCCAACAGAACACCACCUCGAGUCAUCAAAAGCACAGCUAUCUCCUGUGUGCACAGACAUCGUCAACACCUCACGCACAGCUCACACAGGCCCUCCCUCAUGCUUCAAGAUGACUAUGAUGAUACCAGUGCCUCAGAAAAACCCAGGGAGACUACUGCCCUGUGAAGGCACACAUCAACACAGUAACACAGUUUGCCUUAUAGAGCAGACUUGUCAGUGGAUGAUGUCAUUUCCCUGGCCCUACAUUUCGCACUGGAGCUUCUUGACAAAAGGGAUACCCAUGCCAGGAAUCAAUUCAUAGACUUGAGCUCUGCGACAUUCCUUCCACCAAACUGGUCUCAACAUUGGGAGACAUGGACUUGGGUAGCUCUUAUUGCACCUGUAUUAUGGACUUCCAUACAGCCAGGUCACGUGAUGAGGAUCAGUAACAAUCGCCUCAUCCACCCUGCAUCUCGGAAUAGGAGUUCCACGAGGUUGCUGCCUCAGCCAUAGCACAGAGACCAGCAAAUGGUUAGAUGCACAUUAUGAUCCGGUGGCCAAUCUCUAUACUUUUUCUUCAUGUAUCGCUCUGGCAGAUCUGCAUGGAGAUGGGGAAAAUAAGUUGGUGGUGGGGGACUUGGGCACAGGUUCAAGCAACAUGAAGCUGAAAGUGUACCGAGGGACAGGUUUGAUGAGUGAGAACACGCUACUUGACCUGCCUGUGGGCUUGGUGUCUUUUCUCAUGGAUCAGCAUGAGCCCCGUACUCCAGCCAUAGCUGUGGCCUCUGGCCCCUUCAUCUAUGUAUACAAAAACCUACGACCCUACUUCAAGUUUACUCUCCCCCCACUGGAAGUGAAUGCCUUGGAACAGGAGGUCUGGGACCAAGCCAGAGAGGACAUGAUUGACCAUAUGACCUUAAAGGAAAUGUUGGAGGGCAUAAGAGACAAGGCUGAUAUUCCACUGUCUGUCAGAUCCUUGAGGUUCCUCAUGUUGGACCCACAGGAUAUGGAGGCUUUUGUUAACCUUCACAAACAGCAGCCAAUACGAAGACAGACUGUUAUCACCUGCAUUGCGACACUGAAGAAGAACAUGGCAGAUGAGGAUGCCAUCAGCUGCCUUGUGAUUGGCACAGAGAGCAACGACAUUUACAUCUUGGAUCCAGAGGCCUUCACUAUCCUCUCCAAGCUGUCCCUGCCCAGCGCCCCCACACUGAUUGACGUCACUGGUCAGUUUGACGUGGAGUUUCGCAUUACAGUUGCUUGUCGCAACGGGAACAUCUAUAUCCUGCGUCGGGAAUCUCCCAAACCCAAGUACUGCAUCGAGCUGUCCUCUCACCCAGUGGGUCUGGUGAGGAUGGGGAAGAACGUGGUUGUGGGCUGUGCUGAGGAGACUCUACAAGGCUUCACCCAGAAGGGGAAAAAACUGUGGACGGCCAGCCUGCCUGCCCCUGUCACCACCAUGGGUGUGAUGGAACUGCCCGCUAGAGGCUUCCAGGCCAUCCUAGUGGGCCUGGCCAACUGUGAGGUCCACCUCUACAGAGACAAGAACCUCCUGAGCACCAUCAAAGCCCCAGAUGUGGUGACCAGCAUUUGCUUUGGAAGGUAUGGCCGAGAAGAUGGUACUCUAAUCAUGACCACAAAAGGCGGGGGUCUGAUAGUCAAGAUUCUGAAGAGGACUGCUGUAUUCGACGACAGGGACAGCGCCCCGGGUCCCCCUCUUGCACAAAGCAUCCGCCUCAACGUCCCUAAGAAGACCAAGCUGUACGUGGACCAAACCAUGAGGGAACGGGAGAACGCUGUGGCCAUGCACAGGGCCUUCCAGAUGGACUUGAGCCGCCUACGUCUGGCUGCAGCUAGGGCCUACGUCAAAGCCCUGGAGUCCAGCCUCACCCCCAUGUCCGCCAGCCUGUCGGAGCCACUGAAGAUGAACGCUGUGGUUCAGGGUCUGGGUCCGUCCUUUAAACUGACCCUAAACAUCCAAAAUACAGCGGCAUGUCGCCCUGUCAUGAACCUGGCCAUCAGCUUCCUGUACGACGAGAGCCUCUACAGCAUGAGGACAGCCUUCUUUAAGAUCCCACUCCUGGUUCCAGGCCUCAACUACCCCAUUGACACAUUCGUAGAGUGCAUGAGCGACAAAGGAAUCUCUGACAUCAUCAAAGUGUUUGUUCUGCGAGAGGGGAAGAGUGCGCCGUUGUUGACCGCCCACAUCAACAUGCCCGUCAGCGAGGGACUGGCUCUGAACUGAGAGAAACCUGCAGGUCCCUGCGAGGCUUCAACAUGUACUCCACUGUGCGGACAGCAGCCCCCCGUGGCAGAAACUGUCUGGGACGUAGACGUGCUUUUGCUGGCGGCAGAGCCAAGAAAGCCAUCUAGUGUAGGACUGUGUACCUAGAUAGAAGGCCAAAGAGUGUUUUGGUUGUUGGAACGCCGCGCUCGGGUCGACUGCGAACCGUGUAUAGGUGUCUGCAGAUGUCAAAAUGAGGGCUGUUUAUUUUGAAAGAACAGAAUCUUUGGAUGUUUAUUUAUGUAAAGUGGAAUUUGUUUAUUGCUCCAGAAAGCCUAUUGUACAUAGAGAAAGUCAUUCAAGGGGGUGCUAAUUUCAGAAAAUUGUUAAUGGCAUCAUCAUUGCUAGAUGAAGUGCCAUUAACAAAACAAUUGUCUUGAAAACCAAAAGUAAACAAAAAGGCAUUUAGGUACAGAGGGAUAUAGAUUUUGAAUGUAGCAAAAACCUAAAUGUAUAAAUAAAAAAAAACUCUUAACAGUUAACAAUCAAGUUGGCAUAACAUAUGUUUUGUUAGGCUUUCCCUUGGCUUUACAUGUGCGUGGCUCUGUUGGGAGUAAAUGAACUUGUUAAAACCAAUUAAAUAUUUUCACUGAG